GCUCACGGCAACACUGAACACAGCCGAGCGGCCGAGCCGUCAUACUGUAACCGAACGGAGUUUACGCUUGGCUCGGAGUCUGACCGUAUACAAAUGGUCCAGUCAGUUUUUCAUUAGGCUCCAGUCAGGCGUUGGUCGUUGAUUUCUGUCAAAAUGUCAGGCCAAAAGCCCGAGGCGAAUUACACGACGAUGAAAACCGUUCUUUCGGCGGAAGUCAAUACGGCCUUCGACACCGGCGAACUCGACGGAUUGAAAUCCAAGUGGAAUUCUUUCGAAACCAAGGAAGCAGAGAAACGCACAGCACUUGAACAGGCCUUGCGAGACAAGGUUAUUGAGUUACUAUACGAUGAGAACAGAACUGUUGACACUCUCAACAAAUUCAUGGAGUUUCUUCUUCUGCUUUGGAAUAAUGAACUUGUGUUCCCGCUCACACCGGUCUCAAUAAUAGGAGACAUUUUGGAUUCGACGCCAAUACCGUUGAGCGAAGUGUUGUUUGAAUUUGUCGAAAAACGAGUCAGCCUUUGGAAGAGUCAGCCAUUUUUUACACCUUGUAAAAACAAUAUAUUGAGAAUGUGCAAUGACUUGUUGCGAAGACUUUCAAAAGCUCAAAACACUGAUUUCUGUGGUCGGAUUUUACUCUUUCUCGCAAUGUUCUUCCCAUUUUCGGAAAGAUCUGGUCUUAAUAUUGUUAGUGAAUUUAACAUAGACACUUGUAUGAAAUAUGGCAUUGAAGAAGAUGAUCUCAUAGAAGGAGAACCUCUUCAAACUGUAGAUAUUCCGAUUAAACUAGAUACAAAUUUUUAUUCCGAGUUUUGGUCACUUCAGGAAUAUUUUAGAAGCCCAAUGUUAUGCUACCUCAAGAAACAGUGGAAGGAUUUUGUAAAGAAUUCUAAUGCUGUUUUGACUGUUUUCAAAAAUUACAAACUUGAUUGGGACGCUGAGACAAGCAACAUGCGAACAAGUGAAGACAACUUCUUUACAAAAUUUUUGACCAAUCAGAAGCUACUGCUUCUCCAGCUAAAUGACACAAAUUUUAGAAGGACAAUAUACCUUCAGUUUUUAAUACUGUUCCAGUUUCUAUCUCUGCCCAAACCUAAAGAUAGUCAUACGUUAAAAUCAGAUCAACUAGAGUGGGUGAAAACAUCGGCUGAAAGUAUUCACCAGUUGAUAAAGGAAUCGCCGCCAGAUGGUGAAAAAUUCUUACAAGCCGUACAGCUUAUAUUAAAGAGAGAAGAGCACUGGAGCAAUUGGAAAGGUGAAGGUUGCCCCCCUCUUAAAAAAAUAACUCAAAAUUAUGAUAAAAAUGCAGUAAUCAAGUCACCGCCUAAAAAGGAAACUAUGGCAAAUGUAUUGCACCAGACUAACAAUUUUAAUAAAUUAAUUGUCCCAAGGUCUGACAGACUUGAAGUGAUCGAUAUGAGGCAAGAUUAUUUAAAAUAUCUCCCGGGUAGAAAUUGCAGCCCUCAAGUAACUGAUUUCUUAGCAGAGUGUAUACAACAGAGCGAGUCUCCAGAGCCUAUUGAUAUCAAGGACAAGAAAGUUAGUGAUCCCCAGUACGGUUGGAUUGCAUUAAAGCUCCUUUCUCUAAAAUCACCCCAUUUCUUCUCAACAAACACCCAAAACCCAAUACCAAAACUACCUGAGUUUGUAGAUCAUAUAUGUAGAAAAAUUUACAGGGAACAGAAUCCAGGCCUUUUGCUACCUCCUCUGUUGCCAGCCCCUAAAACAAUCUCAAAGGCUGAGGCUAAAAAAGAAGGAGUGAAAGUGUUAAAAGGUGUUAAUUCUAAUGAAAGUAAAGUUCAACAGAUAAAAUUACAAAAAGGCCAGAUCAAAAUUAUAAAGACCCAAAGUGGGAAACUAAUUAAAUUGAAUGCUGUCACAAACACACCAAUUAAAACGAUAAAAUUGGGUGAUAAAACCAGGCAAAUUGCCUCUACUGCAGCCAAAAAUGAAAAAUUAUCCAAAUCCCCGGAGAAAAAUUUAGAAAAGUUAAAAUCAGAAUCAAAUGACAAAACUGAAUCAAAAGAUAAGAUGGACAAAUCUGAAAGGGUGGAAAAAGAAAAAUCUGAAAGACACGAUAAAGUUGAAAAAACUGAUAAAACACUUUCAAAGGUGAAUGAAAAAUCAGACAAAGACAACCACAGUCACGAUAAACAUCCACAAAAACUGACAAGUAGUAAAGUGUCCAAUUCAGACAAGUUAGAGAGGAAUGACAAACAUGAAAAGAAUAUGUCAUCGACAAAAGUGGAUAAAUCGAAGAUAGAAAAAGAAAAAAAAGUUUCAGAAAAGAAAACAGAAAAAUUGGUUGAAAAGACUGAGAAAAACAACAGCAGUAGUAAUAACAAGGAAAAAGAGAGAAAUUCAGAAAAACAAUUCUUUAAAAAGGAGAAAUCACCAGGAAAGAGGAAAAGAUCACAUGACAACGAUUCUGAUGAUAAAGAAAGCUCUCCUGCAAAUACAAAAAAAACAAAAGAUAAAAGAGAUGAGAGGAAAGAUGAAAAAGAAGAUGAUAGCAUUACUUGUCCAGUGUUGACUAAGGAAUUGAUAGCAAGGCUAGCAAAAUCAAUAUCGGGGAGUUGGAAAAAAGUUGCAGAGAAGCUAGGUUAUAAACCCGAUGAGGUCGAAUAUUUUGAGAGCCAGAAAGAUUCGGACUACACUAGGGCUGUCAAUUUACUUCUCGUGUGGUGUAGUACUGAAGAUGACGCAACUCCCGAAAAUCUGAGGCAAUCAUUGAAAAAUCUUGGUCUCUUGGAAGCUGUUAAAAUUUUAUCAGCUUCGUAGUCUAGUUGUGUCCUGUAAAAAUUAAAAAAAAAAUUCCCAUUUGUAAAUAAAAGUUUGAAUAGACACCUAGAAUAUUUUUGUUAUAUUUCUCAAUUUUAACUUGUACAGUAUAAAAUUUAAUAGCUGUCAAAAUGUUUGUAGUACAAAGAUAAAUUACAAGUAAAGAAUUAAUUUUUAAAAUUUUGUUAACAAUUUUGUACGUUUGUGUAUCUAAUUUGGAUUAAUAAUCAAACAAGGGCCUAUAGUAAACUGCCUGUCUAUGUAA